AGAUUCACGGCUGUCGUGCUCCCCAGAUCUUGCCAUGGUGAAAGCGGGAGAGUUGGUGGAGCAGCAAAAGGCUGCGAUGGAGGAAGAGGCGAAUGCAGAGGCGGCGGAGGAUCAGGAGGAGCCCGAGGACACGGCCUGCAGCAGCAGCAGCAAGAAGAAGAAGAAGGUAGUUCCGGGGAUUGUGUACCUGGGCCACGUCCCGCCGCGAUUCCGGCCCCUUCACGUACGCAACCUGCUCAGCGCCUACGGCGAGGUGGGACGCGUUUUCUUCCAGGCCGAGGACCACUUUGUGAAACGCAAGAAGAAGGCAGCCGCGGCCGCAGGAGGAAAGAAGGGAGCUAAGUACAGCAAGGACUAUACCGAAGGCUGGGUGGAGUUCCGAGACAAGCGUGUAGCCAAGCGAGUGGCAGCCAGUCUACAUAACACGCCCAUGGGCGCCCGCAAGCGCAGCCCCUUCCGUUAUGACCUGUGGAACCUCAAGUAUUUGCAUCGUUUUACUUGGUCCCACCUCAGUGAACACCUUGCCUUUGAGCGCCAAGUACGAAGGCAACGCCUGAGAGCAGAGGUCGCCCAAGCAAAGAGAGAGACUGACUUCUAUCUUCGAAACGUAGAACAGGGACAACACUUCCUUGCAGCUGAUGGGGAUGCUACUCGGCCAAAUAGCUCCUGGACAUUCACCCAGCGUCCCACUGAGCAGGAGUUUAGGGCCCGGAAAGCUGCACGGCCAGGAGGGCGGGAAAGAGCACGGCUGGCUAAUGUCGAGGACCAGGCCCGAUCCAACAGAGGGCUCCUUGCCAAGAUCUUUGGAGCCCCUCUACCUGCAGAGAGCAAGGAAAAACCGUAGUCAAUAAGGGACUCCUGGUGAUGGAAGAAAUACCUACCAGCCCUGCGCCAUUCUGAUCUGCUUCCUGAAGAGUGUGACCAUCUAGGCAGAUGUUUUCUCUAUUCCACACACCAAGAGUCUGGUAAAGGCCUUUUGUUGGUGUCUUUUACCUACUUUGAACAAAUCCUGUAAGUGCCAGCCUGAGAACCUUACUCGUCCUAUCCAGGGUGAAGACCACUGGAGGUGCCUGUUGUGUUUUGUUUGAUUUCUGAUUGCCUGCCUCUUUCUCAGUGGACAGCUAACAGUUUCUGACUGAAAGAGUGGACUUGCCCUCCACUAGGGUAGUGGUCUGUGGUGUUUGUUCACUGUGGUGGAAGGCUGAAUUAGCAGGAAUUGGAUUAGAGGUCCAAUUUGAGGCUUAUAUUUGAAAAUAAAAAAUAAUUUAUUUUUAUAUGCUUUUUAGUUUUUCAUUAAGUAAGUUUCAACUUCUUUUGAAGCCAUACAUGCCGCUCAGUUACUUUAGCACAGGCAUGAUUCUCCUCCACCCAUGAAUCUCAGUUACUCUAUCAGAUAUGAUCCCAAUGCUCCUGUGUUAGUCAGGGUUCUGUAGAGUCACAGAACUUAUGGGUAGUCUCUGUAUAGUAAUGGAAUUUGUUGAUGGUUUACCGACUGUAGUCUUAACUCCCAACAGUGGUCAGGAGCACCUGUGAAUGGAAGUGCAAGGGUCUAGCAGUUGCUCAGUCCCACAAGACAAGCAGGUGAAGGAGGGUCUUCCUUCUUCCAAUGUCAUUAUGUAGGUCUCCUUAGAAGAUGUGGCCCAGGUUAAAGGUGUGUGCCGCCAUUCCUGGAUCUGGGACUUGCUUUGUCCCACAUGACCUUGAACUCAGAGAUCUCCUUUCUACGGAGGAAGUAGUCCAAUGUAGUAAACCUGACACCAGGUUUCUGGCUGAUCACCUCAAAGAAUCUGGGGCUCAGUGUUAGUUUCUGCUAUUGGCAGAUCUGGCAUUCAGCGGCAGCCGUAGCCAGGUCAGCCUUGGUGAGUGGAAGUCCCUGUUGUUGAGCCCGAGCAUAACCUCCAUCUCCGUCACCAUAGCCACUUUGUUCAUGUGCCCAUUGAGCAAUGACAGGGAUGGCUGGGGAAAGAGGCUGACUGUCCACAGAACGGGUCAUCUAAUCCACUUGAUUAUUGAACUCCUCCUUGGCUGAAGUCACCUUUUGGUGAGUGUUUAAAUGGGACACAAAUAUCUUCACAUCCUUUGCCCACUUGGAAAUAUCUAUCCACAUACUUCUUCCCCAGAUGUCUUUCUCACCAAUUUUCAAUUGUUAUCUUUCCAAAUCCCUGACCAUCCAGCCAAUCCAUUGGCUACAAACCAUGAGUCAGUAAACAGUUGUACAUCUGGCCAUUUCUUUUGCCAAACAAACUAAUACCACGUGUACUGCCCGAAGUUUUGCCCAUUGUGAAGAUUUUCCUUCACCUGUAUCUUUCAGGGUUGCCCUGGAAAGGGAUUAUACUGCAGCUGUCCACUUCUGGGUGGUGCCUGCAUAACGUAUAGAGCUAUCAGAAAUCCAGGUCCUAGUCUUCAGUCAGCCAAUCAUAGGAACACCCCAUGAGGCUAUAGGCACAUGCUUGGCAGCAGAUGGCAUUGUAAUAGGAGUAGAAACCAUAGGCAUUUGAGCAACUUCUUCAAGUAACUUGCUUGUGCCUUCAAGACCUGCUCUGGCCCAAUCACAUAUAUACCACUUCCAUUUGAUAAUAGACUGCUGCUUUGUAUGUCCUACUUUACGACUGGAGGGUCUGAUGGCACCCAGCUCAUGAUGGAUAGUUCAAGUUCAGGUUGCUUGGUAACUUGCAACCUGAUUCUGGUGUCCUAUUAUCAAAUGUUCAGUUUCCACUAAGGCCCAAUAGCAGGCCAAGAGCUGUUUUUCAAAGGGAGAAUAGUUGUCUGCAGAUGAUGGUAGAGCUUUGCUUUAAUAUCCCAAAGGUCUUUUCUGUGAUUUCCCUACAGGGGCCUGCCAGAGGCUCCAAACAGCAUCUCUAUCUGCUACCAGCACCUCAAGUGCCAUCGGGUCUGCUUGAUCAUAUGGUUCAGGAGUAGAGCAGCCUGCACAGUAGCCUGGACCUGUUGAAGGGCCUUCUGUUUCAGGCCCCACACACGUCACUUGGUAUAUGGGCCUGAGUAACACACCCAAGUGAGUAAUAUACUGUCUCCAGAAUCCAAAUAGACCCACUAAAUGUGCUUUUUUCUUGGUAGUGGGAGGGGCCAGGUGCAAUAACUUAUCUUUCACCUUAGAAGGAAUAUCUCUGCAUGUCCCACAUUACUGGACCUAGGGACUGCUCUUUAUAACUUUCUUAUUUUGUGAUAGGGCCUCACUCAAGUGAGACUUAGCCUUGAACUCAUUCUGUAAGUUGCUCAAAUUAGCUUUGAGCUAACUUUGGUCAGGUAGGCUCUGAACAUGAAAUCCUGUCUCAGCCUCCCAAAAACUUGCUGUGAGGAGAGGCCUGUAUCAAGAGGCCUAGUUUCAAUAUUCUUAAAUAAAUAAAUAGAAUAAUAAUUUACCUUCCUUUUCUUUAUAGGGUAAAUCCUUACCUGGAAAAGGCAUCCACAAGCUAUCACAUGCCUUAUCUUUUAAAAUGUUUCAGUAUUCAUUUUGGUACAUGUCUUCUGUAUAAAAACUGCAAAAAGAUGUUUACUAAUAGAUCUAGGGGUUAAAAAUACUGUCAUGGUUUGAAUAUGCUUGGCCCAGAGAGUGGCACUAUUUGGAGGAGUGGCCUUGUUGGAGUAGGUGUGCUACUGUGGUCAUGGGGUUUAAGAGCCUCACUCUAGCUGCCUAGAAGUCAGUCUUCCACUAGCAGCCUUCAGAUGUAGAACCCUCAGCUCUGCCUGUAUCAUGCCUGGAUGCUGCCAGGCUCCCACCUUGAUGAUAAUGGACUGAACCUCUGAACCUGUAAGCCAGUCCCAAUUAGAAGUUGUCCUUUAUAAGACUUGCCUUGGUCAUGGUGUCUGUUCACAGCAGUUAAACUCUAAGACAGAGACUGAGCCUCUCAAAGAUCCUACCAUUCCAGCCACUUUUCCUGUCUCCAUUCUCCUCCCUCAGUCCAGCCCAUGUCGUGGGUCUAUCACAUGGACUGCCUUCCUCAGCACCUUCUGAAACUUCGCUUCCAACAGCCUGAACCCCUGGCCCCUUGUUCCCUUCCUCACAAGCUCAAGUGCAUUUCCCCUUCAAGAUUCAGUCACUUAGAAUGUCAGGCUGGCUUCCCCCGACUUCCCCUCCUAAGGUGAGCAUCCUGCUUCUGUGGGGCUGGAGCACUGUUUUCUCUCUGGGGUAGCUCCUCCUGUUUUACAGUAAUUGUUGAUGUUUUUACCCUGGUGUUAUCAGUAUGAAGAUUCAACAUUAUCUUUGACUCUUUAGGGCUUCAGUCUGGUAAAUAAAUGUUCACUAACUCUUUGAGUUGCUGUGAGGAGAGGUUUUAUAAAAAUCCUAAAUAAUACACUUUCUGCACUCCACUACCUGUGAUGUUUGGUUUGACAACCAGUUUGGAAAGUGUCAUCUACUUGUGACAGUGAUAAGGAGCGUCAGGAAGGUCUUGAUCCAAACAGUCACAAAGGUAAUAAAAGUCAGAUUUACAUCUUC